AUGGCUAAUGUAGAAGGACUUUCACAAUUUCUUUUUUCUCGUCUUACCAACACCAACUAUGAGAAUUGGAGUAUCCAUAUGAAGGCGUUGCUUGGAUCUCAAGAUAUUUGGGACAUAGUUGAAAGAGGUUAUGAAGAAGCCAGAGAAGCGUAUACUCUUACGGUGCAACAACGAGAGGUCCUGCGAGAUAAGAGAAAGAAAGAUAAGAAGGCUCUCUACUUCAUCUAUCAAGCCGUAGAUGAGUCAGCUUUUGAGAAGAUUGCGGCGGCCACGACCUCUAAAGAAGCAUGGGAGAUUCUUCAAAAUGCAUACAAAGGAAUUGAGAAAGUGAAGAAAAUUCACCUUCAAACUCUUAGAGAGUCCAAAGAUUUGGACACUAUGAUGGUGGAUGAGCUUAUGGGUUCGCUUCAAGCCCAUGAACAAAGAAUACUAAAGAGAAGACAAGAGCCACAAGUUCUACAAAGCAAGCUCUCCGUCAAUGACAAGAAGGAUGAGUCAAGAGGAGAAAGUAGCCAAAGAAGCCGCGGUCGUGGUCGAGGACGUGGUCAUGGUAGAGGUCGAGGUGGAGCCUAUGGUCGUGGUAGAGGCCGUGGUGACCACAACAAUGUUGAGGAAGGCAACAAAAAUCGUGGAGGAAGAGGACAAAGAGGUAGAGGCUGA